AAACGAAAGAGAAAGUAUAACUUACAUGUUUGCAUGGCGGUUUUUGGAAAUGCGGAUGGUUGUCCUGAGGACGAGGAUUGACAUUAUGUUUUGGACUUUUUGUCUUACUCUAGCUCUUUUAUGCUUUGGUGUAAAUGGGACAAAGUCGGUUCAUGAUUUGAAAUGGCUUCCUUGUCAGUUUGUGGACGAGGAAGUUUCUAUAAAUGAAGAGGGCCACACAGAGACCAAGUAUAUCCAUAGAGAGGCUGUGAUUCAGUUUGGUAAUGUUGGUGACAGCCCUUUACAUCCUACUAUUACCUUCCUCAUCACAGCCUCUAAAGUGGAUAUGAGGCGUUAUUUGGAGGGUGAUGAGGAUACACUACACUGUGAGACACGGAGAUACAGCACUGGAGGGAUUGUAAUGCGCUGGCCUAUUACAGGAGCGCAAGAUCAUGACGUCUGGUUCACCUGUACGAUACGCCAUACACAAGGCUUGUUCGUCAUCACCACCUUUCUCAGACACACACCUACGGCUUCUGCAGGUGGACAGGUGGACUAUCUACAAUGGAUAACAGUUAAUGAUAGGGAUCUCCUGACAACCUCAGCUGCGAUGGUUGUUUUGACCCGGACUCCCUCCGUGGAGGUGGGAUUCUUGAAGGAGCCAAUCCUGCACUGUCAGUUUGCAGUGGAUCAUAAACUGCCUAAUGCAACAGUGGAGUGGAGACUGCAGCGGCACGGGGAGCGCAGCAAACUCUUUAGCUAUUCCAGCCGCACAGGGAAGAGUGAAGGUAGUGGAGUGGCUGUCAAGGCCAUUGCCGCUGGAAAUGCCUCUUUCAAACUUCUACCCACUAAAAAACUAAGUGAGGGCACAUAUAUCUGCUCUGUGAUGGUUCCUCCUCUCUAUGGCAGCCAUGAUAUUUCCCUUAGCCUAAGUGAACAACCCCGUGUGUCUCUGAAUGUGGGCUCCACCUUGUCUAUAACACUUGGUACGGACCAGAAGCUAAUAUGCGAUGCAGAGGGGUACUAUCCUUUGGACGUAAACAUUGAGUGGUACCGUGAACCAUUCGGCGGCAGCCCUACACCUUUGUUCCUGAAGAAUGUUCUAUACUCAAGUCAUCGACUUAAUCAAGAUGGCACAUACUCGCUCUCAGCCUUCUUCCUUCUCCAGCCUAGCAUGGAGGACUCUGGAUAUAAGUACACGUGCAGAGUUUCCCAUAAGUCCUUGCUCACUCCCAUCCGCAAGAGCUUUAACCUCAUAGUUACAGAACCUGACUCUACCAUGUGGUAUAUCAAAGUCAUUGGAUUCAUAAUUUUAAUGGUAGUAAUUCUUUAUUAUGCGCUGCGGUAUCUUACAAGACAAAAUGCAGCAAAAAAGAGGUUUUGAGAGCUCAUGCCUGGGGUUUUAAAGUACGCCGUCAUGGAAACAGACAACACAUCCCUCCCUCCCUUCAUCUGUCUCUCUCUCCC